UCAUCACUUUGUUGUGUUGCAACAAGGCGAGCGUGGAAACCAAAGCCCGGCCCCAUUAUUAUCUGCAUAUCCACGCGUGGAAGGAGGAGGGAGGAGAAGGAGGAGGAGGAGGAGGACGACGAGAAGGCGUGCACCUCUCCCCAAGGCUUUCCUUACCUGUCUGGCGUCAGGACACUAUGGAGUUAAUUUCAAGAAAGGUGCUCAAGGGAAUACUUAAUUAGAGCAAAAGGGGGACAGGACGGAGCAAGAAAUCCAAUCUCCUUUAGGAGACGUCCACCAGCUCAUCUCACCUGCUGCUUUAUUUUUAUUUUUUUUGGUUUGUUUUUUGGAACCGGCGGACCGCACCAUGGACUGCACCCAGGGGACGGUUCCACACGAGCUCGGUGCCGCGGGAUAGAGUCGCCAUGCGUGCAUGUGGAAGGGUUAGUUAGUUUGUUCGUGACUUAGUUCGUAGGCCUUCAUUGUGGGGUUCGCGGGAGUAGGGGGGGCGGGGGGAGCAAGUCGCUUCGUGCUUACGCAUCCAGUCCGUACAGUGCAUGGCCCACGGACGGAGUGGCAACGACCAUGCACAAGCCCCUCCGAACCUGGACCCUGUACCCCGUGUUCCUGUACUUGGGCAUCAUCUACCUCUGGCUCGGGGCCCUGUCCUCCGUGGUGGCUCUGGGCGCCAACAUCAUCUGCAACAAGAUUCCCGGGCUGGCACCUCGUCAGCGGGCGAUCUGCCAGAGCCGCCCGGACGCCAUCAUUGUUGUGGGCGAGGGCGCCCAGAUGGGCAUCAAUGAGUGUCAAUAUCAGUUCCGCUACGGACGCUGGAACUGUUCGGCGCUGGGGGAGAGGACGGUCUUCGGUCAGGAGCUGCGUGUAGGCAGCCGGGAAGCGGCGUUCACCUACGCCAUCACGGCAGCGGGCGUGGCCCACGCCAUCACGGCGGCAUGCAGCCAGGGCAACCUGAGCCAGUGCGGCUGCGACCGGGAGAAGCAGGGCUACUACAAUCAGGAGGAGGGCUGGAAGUGGGGCGGCUGCUCGGCCGACAUCAAGUACGGCAUCGAGUUCUCCCGCCGGUUCGUCGACGCCCGGGAGAUUAAGAAGACCCCACGGCGCCUGAUGAACCUGCACAACAAUGAGGCGGGGAGAAAGGUUCUAGAAGAAAGGAUGAAGCUGGAAUGCAAGUGCCACGGCGUCUCGGGCUCCUGCACCACCAAGACGUGUUGGACGACGCUCCCCAAGUUCCGGGAGAUCGGCUACGUGCUCAAGGACAAGUACAACGAAGCCGUGCACGUGGAGGUGAUGCGGGCCAACCGCCUGCGCCAGCCCAGCCACCUGAAGGUGAAGCAGACUCAGGGCUACCGCAAGCCCAUGGACACGGACCUCGUGUACAUCGAGAGGUCGCCCAACUACUGCGAGGAGGACGCGGCCACGGGCAGCGUGGGCACCCAGGGCCGCCUGUGCAACCGCACCUCGCCGCACACGGACGGCUGCGACCUCAUGUGCUGCGGGCGAGGCUACAACACGCACCAGUAUACCAAAGUGUGGCAGUGCAACUGCAAGUUCCAGUGGUGCUGCUUCGUCAAGUGCAACACGUGCAGCGAGCGGACCGAGGUGUUCACCUGCAAGUAAAGGACCAGGAGGCCCGAUCGGGACCAUUGACAGAUUUUUGCCAUUGACGCGAUCGGCUCCACACGGCAUCGUUUUGCACACAAGAAUCUUUACGUUGCUUUUCACAGAGUAAAA